AAGGGUAAGGGCAAAGAGAAGGCGGCCGCCACACCCGACGCCGUAUCCAACGCUGUGGUGGACACAUUGCCGCCACAGCAGAAGAAGAAGCGCCAAUUCAAGGGCAAGACCACGGCUGCACGCCUGAUUCCGAGAACCUAUGAGUCAUGCGACGAAGCUGAUAGGAUGCUGGUUUCCUGGAGAGACGAGAAGAAGGACUGGGGCCCCAUCAAGGCUGAGUGGAAGCGCUUGACGGGCGAGGCUACAGCCCAGAGCACUCUGCCAAACCGAUACGCCAGAAUCAAGACCAAUUUCGCUAUCCUCAACGAAGAAGACAACGCCUUGCUAAUCCAGACUAAGCGCGAGAUCGAAGACUCCUUCCAGGCGCAGAAGUGGACGUUGAUUGCGAACCUCCUCGUCUCGAAGGGUGGUGCAGACCACACUGCCCUUCCAAUCAUCCUCCAGCGCCAGUGGAAGAAGCUCAUGACCAAGGGUGGCGCG